CAGGUCAUAUCGCGUGCCGCACACUGUAUCCUGAAACCUGUGUCAGAACAGAAUGCAGAGCUGACGCCGGGAGAAGAGGACCAGGGUGCGGAAAGUUCUGGUGAAACGAUGAGUGGACUUGAUAAACCCAUCUCAGUGUCUGUGAAAGUGGAAGACGAGAUGAUCGACUCCUAUGGACAUCUCCAUUUAUAUUCCCAUCAUGAAGCAGAAGAUAACAAUACCACACAAGAUGAUUCAAUAACUCCUAAUAUACCCUCGGUCCUUCACAGCAGAGAUCUAUCUACUGAUACCGCUGGUCACAAGAAACCUUCAUCUAAGCAAUUACUGAUUGGUAAAAGAAGAUCUAAACGGAAAUGUUUGAAAAAAAAUUCUAGUGACAAACGUUUUAAAAUGAAAUCUAAUCUUUUUUUGCAUCAGAGCAAUUGCAGAGAUAACAGUUCAUUUUCAUGCUUGACAUGUGGAAAAUCUUUUAGCAUGAAAUCCAUUCUAGUUAGACAUCAGAGAACUCACUCAAGGGAGAAUCCAUAUUCAUGUCCUGAAUGUGGGAAAGGCUUUAACAAUCCAUCAAGUUUUAUUCUGCAUCAGAGAACACACACAGGGGAGAAGCCAUAUUCUUGCUCAGAAUGUGGAAAGUGCUUUAGUCAGAAAUCACAUCUUAUUAGACAUCAGAGAACUCACACAGGGGAGAAGUCAUUUUCAUGUCUGGAAUGUGGUAAGUGCUUUAGUUGGAAAUUAAAUCUUGUUGCCCAUCAGAGAACUCACACAAGCGAGAAUCCAUAUUCAUGUCUUGAAUGUGGGAAAGGCUUUAUCAAUCAAUCAACAUUAAUUCGGCAUCAGAGAACUCACACAGGGGAGAAGCCAUAUUCAUGCCCCGAAUGUGGGAAAUCUUUUAUUCUGAAAACGUGUCUUGUUAGACAUCAGAGAAUUCAUACAGGGGAGAAGCCAUUUUUAUGUCUUGAAUGUGGAAAGUGCUUUAGUCGGAAAUCAACUUUUGUUGCCCAUCAGAGAUCUCACACAGGAGAAAAGCUGUAUUCAUGUCCUGAAUGUGGGAAAGGCUUUAACAGGAAAUAUAAUUUGUCUACGCAUCAGAGAUCUCAUAUAGGAGAGAAGUCAUUUUCAUGUCUUGAAUGCGGAAAAUGCUUUAGAUCGAACUCUAAUCUUGUUGCCCAUCAGAGAACUCACACAGGAGAGAAGCCGUAUUCAUGUCCUGAAUGUGGGAAAGGCUUUACCAGGAAAAAUAAUUUUUCUAAGCAUCAGAGAUCUCAUACAGAAGAGAAGUCAUUUUCAUGUCUUGAAUGCGGAAAAUGCUUUAGUUCGAAAUCAACUCUUCUUGCCCAUCGGAGAACUCACACAAGAGGGAAGCCAUUUGUGUGUUCCGAAUGUGGGAAGUGUUUUCAUGAGAAGUCAUUACUUAUACAACAUCAAAGAAUUCACACAGGGGAGAAGCCAUUUUCAUGUUCAGAAUGUGGGAAAUGUUUUGGUCAGAAAUCAAAUCUUGUUAGACAUCAGAAUACUCACAAAGGGGUGAAACCAUUUUCAUGUUCAAAAUGUUUGAAGCCUUUUAGCCAAAAAUCACAUGUUGUGAAACAUGAAAGACUCCACUUAGAGGAGAAGUCAUUUUCAUGUUCAGAAUGUGGAAAAUGUUUUAGUCAGAAAUCACAUUUGGUUCGACAUCAGAGAACUCACACAGGGGAGAAGCCAUUUAUGUGCUCUGAAUGUGGUAAGUAUUUUGGUGUGAAAUCAAUGCUUAUAAAACAUGUAAGAAGUCACACAGGAGAAAAGCCAUGUUCAUCUUCAGAAUGUGUGAUACCUUUUAGCCAGAAAUCACAUGUUGAGGAACAUGAAAGACUCUACUUAGAGGAGAAGCCAUUGUAAUGCUCAGAAUGUGGGAAAUUUUUUAGCCAGAAAUCAAAUCUUGUAAAUCGUCUAAGAACCUACUUAGGAGAGAAGCCAUUUUCAUGUCUUGAAAGCGGUAAAUCUUUUGGUAUAAAGCAAAUCUUGUUAAACAUCAGAGAAUUCACACAAGGGAGAAGCUAUUUUCAUGUUCGGAAUGUGGGAAAUGUUUCACCUGUCAAGCAAGUGUUGUUCAACAUCACAGAACUCACAACACAUAUGAGAAGCCAUAUUUAUGUGGGAAGUCUUUUAUUCAGAAAUCAGUUAUUGCUAAACAUGAGAGAAUUCACUCAGAAGAUAAGCCAUUGUAAUGUUCAGAAUGUAAGACAUAUGAGAGAUGUGGAGCUUCAUUGUGAGACCUGCUGCCUAAUCAUGUCUUCUGUAUAACUUAAAACGGCUGUCCAGUUUCCCAUAUUUGAAAGAAAAUUGAUAAGCAGGCACACUCUGAUUUGGGUCAAUCUAUUAAUUUAGUUGUAUAUAUGGUAAAUGUAGAGUGUAUAAUAUAUUAAAAUAAUGUUACAAUAAAAAGAGGCAAGGGUGUAAAAUGUAGUGAUGAAGAAUUGAAUUCUGCUAAAUGUCCUUUUAAUGGAUAAUAGUAAUAAAAUGUAGAAAUAAGUGGGUCAUCACUAAAUAGUUACCAGUUGGUAUUGAAGAAGGUUUUGAUAAUAAAAUAUUCAAAUAAAAUAUAAAUAAUGCGCUAGAAAAAAUGAUGCGCUAGUAAAAAAUGAAGAAGGUGAAAAAAUAGAGGAUACUUGUCCUUAUUCAUGUAGUUUUAAAUAGAACAAUCUUUUCAUGAAAUAGUAGCCUCAAGGUGGAGGAUAAAGUAAUGCGUCUUUCUCCUUAUCUCCCCAUAUAUAGGAUAGACUUUUUUUGGGGUGAUAUCCUCUAGAUAGGAGAUAGGUAAAUAAUGCGCCUUGUGACUCCUUUUAUAUGUUCACCGCUAUGGAAUGGAAGAUAAAUCAUGCGCCUUGUUGCUAUAUAUAGAUGUCAGUUGAUUUUCAUAAAGCCGCAAGCAUGUACAUUUGUAUUUUAUAUGUAGCAAUAUAUUGUUGUUCUACUUCUUAUGCGGGUGCUGUGGGAAGAAGGGAUGCUCUGUGCCUGAGUGCGGCGUCCCGCACUGUCUCUGGCUCCAGAGGUCACUUACCCUUCACCCGGCGCUGCUGUCUUCGGUCCUCUGGCGGUGAUCAGUUCUCCCUGGGCAGCUAUAUUGAAUCCAGUUCGGGAGUCGGCGGUGUAUCUCGUGUUGCCAAGGACGCCGGGGGGCGUGGUUCGCGCGUCUGGAGGUUGACGUAGGCUGUCACGUAAUCGCGAUUAUUUUUUUUUUUUUUCCCGGCUUGUUCUGAAUGGUCCCGGCCUAUUCUGAGUGAUCCUCUUGCUCUGUUUCGAGUAAUGGGUAUUCUGACAAUCCUCUGCUCCUUAAACGAGUUUCGGGAGUCUCUCCCUUCAUCAGUAAGUGGAGGAUUGUAGUGAAUACUGGAGUAUUUAUAGGACAGAGGCAAUCGACUCAUUUGUGAGCUGAUUAUCUUUUUCAAUCAGUGCAUAUAUUUUAAUCUGAUUGUCUUGUUCAAAUCUAAUAUGCCAGGGUAAACUUUGUACAGAUUGUAAAAAUGUGAAGAAUAAAAAAGGAAUAAAUGAAAAAUAUUGAGAUAUAUGGAAAAGUGUGUCUAAUUGAGACAGAUUAUUCCUUUGAUCGAUUUUGCUGGGUAUUAUAAUUCUGUCCUUUAGUUCAUAGGGUAAUAAUGAUGGUUGUAGGUUCAUUGCUUAGGAGCCUACCUAUAGACAGUGGGUCAGAUAUCUUAUUUACUAUAUGAGGUAAUGAUAGCCUAUUUAAUGAGUGUGGGUUGUUGUGGUAUGGGGGGAUAUUUACUUUCUGGAUCUUCACAAUUCAUAGUGUUUAUAGUGUAAUAAGGUAAUUGUUGUUGUGGUUCUAGGUUUAGUUGAUUAUUUUGUAUAGAUUGAGGACUACUUUAUAUAUUUAGUGGAUGAGGAUUUUUGUCUGUCUGUACUGUGUUGUUAAAGGUUCCCGGUAGUUAGUAUAUAGCAGGGGUACUCAACUGGCGGACCGCGGUCCAAAUACCGGGAUCUGUUCUGGG